UGACGCUGCUGACGCCGCUCCUCCGCCAUCUUCAACUUCCUAUUGUUUGCAUCAGACUGAGGCUGUCUGCGGUGUGCGCGAGAGCAGAAUCGGCCACCGAUUUAUAAUUUAAUCGUAGAUACAGCCUUUACGUUCACGGUCGCCCCGAGUUCGGCACAAACCCUUUUUAUGUCAUUGGAUUAAAGAGCUCUCAGGACGCGACCACUCAACCGCGAUGAUGGAGGACGAUCAACCCAGAACCUUGUAUGUGGGGAAUCUGUCCAGGGAUGUCACCGAGCCCCUCAUUCUACAGGUCUUCACCCAAAUAGGUCCCUGCAAGAGCUGUAAAAUGAUAGUCGAUACGGCUGGAAAUGAUCCGUACUGCUUUGUGGAGUUCUAUGACCACAGGCAUGCUGCUGCCUCAUUGGCAGCCAUGAAUGGAAGGAAAAUAAUGGGUAAGGAGGUCAAAGUCAACUGGGCCACGACGCCAACCAGCCAGAAAAAAGACACAAGUAAUCACUUUCACGUCUUCGUUGGAGACCUCAGCCCAGAAAUAACUACAGAAGACGUCAAAGCUGCCUUUGGGCCAUUUGGCCGGAUAUCAGAUGCUCGUGUUGUGAAAGAUAUGGCUACAGGGAAAUCUAAAGGCUAUGGCUUUGUGUCAUUCUUCAACAAAUGGGACGCAGAGAACGCCAUCCAGCAGAUGGGCGGUCAGUGGUUAGGAGGCAGACAGAUCCGAACUAACUGGGCCACAAGAAAGCCCCCCGCUCCAAAGACCACCUAUGAAACAGGUAACUCCAAGCACCUUUCCUUUGACGAGGUAGUGAGCCAGUCCAGCCCAAGUAACUGCACUGUGUAUUGUGGCGGAGUCAGCACAGGACUUACAGAGCAACUGAUGAGACAGACUUUCUCUCCCUUUGGACAAAUCAUGGAAAUCCGAGUUUUCCCAGACAAAGGCUAUUCGUUCGUGAGGUUUAACUCCCAUGAGUCGGCAGCGCAUGCCAUUGUCUCUGUGAAUGGCACCUCAAUAGAGGGUCAUAUAGUGAAAUGCUACUGGGGUAAAGAGACCCCAGACAUGAUGAACCCGAUGCAGCAGAUGCCUCUGCCCCAGCAGAACAAGAUGAGCUUCCCUGCGGCGGCGGCGGCGGCCCAGCCCUACGGCCAGUGGGGCCAGUGGUACGGCAACGGGCCCCAGAUCAGCCAGUAUGUCCCGAACGGGUGGCAGGUCCCCACCUACAAUGUCUACGGCCAGGCCUGGAACCAGCAGGGCUUCAAUCACUUACCGGCCAGUGCUGGGUGGACUGGCAUGAGCGCCAUCAGUAACGGUGGGGUUAUGGAGCCCACACAGGGAUUGAAUGGGAGUAUGCUAGCCAACCAGCCUGGUAUGGGAGCCGCAGGAUACCCCACACACUGAUAGGUGGGCAGCGGGGGGGGGGGGGGGUUUCAGCUUCGUAUUGGCUGUACGGUGCCUCGCUGGGCUUUGUAACACCGCCUCCACUUGUGGCAGGACUAAGACUUUUACUGGGAUGUGGAACCUUAUGGGAAGGGAUUUCAUGGUGGUGGUGGUGGUGG